CCCGGCCGGCGGGGUCACAUGUGGACCCGGCCCAGCUGAUCACUCCGGGGCGCUGCGAGCCAUGGCCGCUGUGGAUCUCGCCCGGGUGGGGGCCAACCCGCUGAAGCAUGCCGUGAGCGGGCAGGUCGUGGAGCUGCAGGCGCUGUGGCGGGACCAGCCCUGCGUGGUCUUCUUCCUGCGGAGGUUUGGCUGCCAGGUUUGCCGCUGGAUUGCCAAGGAGACCAGCAAACUGAAAGAGCUGCUGGACGGUCACAAUGUCCGCCUGGUCGGCGUCGGGCCGGAAAGCGUAGGCCUGCAGGAGUUUAUCGAUGGGAACUACUUCAAAGGAGAGCUCUACCUGGACGAGUCCAAGAAGUGCUACAAUGACCUGGGUUUCAAAAGGUACAAUGUCUUGAGUAUCGUUCCCGCUGCUCUGGGGAAACCUGUUCGAGAAGUCGUCACCAAGGCGAAUGCAGACGGCAUCCAGGGCAACUUCAGCGGCGACCUCUUGCAGAGUGGAGGGAUGAUCGUAGUCAGUCGAGGCGGCGAGAAGCUGCUCCUGCACUUGGCGCAGGAUUCCCCUGGUGACUAUGUUCCCUUGGAAACCAUCCUCAAAAGCCUCGGGAUCUCGGCAAGCGUUAAAGAGGGCGCGAAACCUCAGUGCGACGAAGAGGCCUGUACCAGAUGAAGCAGGAGACAAGCAGGACUUCUUUAAGAAGCUGGCGUGACGACCUUCCCAGUUCUACCACUCGGUAGCGGUUGAAACCUCACCCCUCUGUAUCUAGCCGUACCUUUGUACAAUAGCCAAAGCACUGACGUGUGAGUAAACGCCCUUCGGCAAA